AGCUAUAAUAUCGGCACAGCUGAUUACCUUUCAGCUGAUUUCAUUUAUUUGCUAUUCAUACUUUUGUUUUGGCCCUCCGACGAAAUGGCCGAUCAAAAUUGCUUGUUCUGUGAUAUUGUUAGUGGCAAAACGAAGACAGUCCUGGAGGUAGACACGAAUGAAUUCACAAUAUUCAAAGACAUACGACCUGCUGCAGAACAUCAUUAUCUAAUUGUGACAAAGCAACAUUACGACAGUCUAAAGGUUCUCAACGAAUCGCACGAGAAAAUGAUCCUAGCCAUGGAGGAGGGUCUGAAGAGCUUCUUUGUAUCGAAAGGGAUUAGCACAACGGAUGCCCUCUAUGGUUUCCACUUUCCGCCCUUCAUCUCUGUGAAGCAUUUGCACAUGCACGGAAUUGCGCCCCGCUCCGAGAUGAAUAUCAUCUCUCGGAUGGUUUUCAGACCGGCAACAGCUUGGUUUAAGACUACCAGUGAGGCUAUUGCUUACUUGAAAAAGAAGCUGAAUUAGGUGUGGAACGAUCUAUGCAAUAUAAAUAAGAGUGCCUAAAGAGUCGCCAAAUGAGGGUUCUGCCAAAUGAUAAACGAUUUUAACAAUGACGCAAAUCAAAAUAAAUAAAUCAUUUCUAUUUGAGUA